UUAAAUCGCGCUAACGAAGUCAUAGAAGAAAGCUGUGCAAAAUUUGUAGUUGCAGGCCCUUUGAAUUUGAUCAGUUCAUUACAAUGGAAAUAUGGCAGGAGCUUCUCAAUUCUAUUCUAUUUGCUCUCCUCUCUGCUUUUUUGGUUGCCAAGCUAAUUGCGCUCGUUGUUUCGUUGAAGUACCAGGGAUCGAAUCCCACUAUAGUCUCCUACGAAAAUGAAAGCUAUUUUUCAGAAUUUCCCUGGGAUCGAGUCCCCGUGUACGAGAAUAUAGAUGCAGAGCACGAGCUUAGCCCGGAGAAAGAAAAAGUCCGGCAAAUCCACAUAGAAGAUUCUGUUUUAGGAGGCAUGCCUCCAGGGUUUUCGCUGCAAAGUAAUGAAUUCUGCGAUCGGGAUGAGAAAUGUGAAGAUAAUUAUUUAGAGGCUGAAGACGAGGUUAUAUUAGGAGAAAAGCCGAGGGAAGUGGUUUCUCUAAUGGAAAAUGUUGAAUUCUACUUUUCGGACGAGAUAUCCAAGAAGAAAGUAGAGGACGUUUCAUCGCACGCGGGACUCUUAGUGAAAGAGGAGGUGGAAGAAGAAUAUUUUGCAAGGGAUAUCCAAACAGAAGAGAAGAAAGAGUUUAGAAUAAAUGACUCGAGUUUCUUAAGCGAUGAGGAUGAGUGGGAGAAAGUGGAGAAUUCAGAGUUUGAUGAAAUCUUUGGUGAAGCGGCGGUGUAUGUUUCAUCCAUGGCUGCCAACCUGUCUCAGAAGAUUCCAAACGAAGUCCAGAUCAGAUUGUAUGGACUGCACCAAAUUGUCACAGAGGGGCCAUGCAAUAUUUCCCAACCAUCACCUCUGAAAUUGGAUGCUCGGGCCAAAUGGCAUGUUUGGCAACAAUUGGGAAACAUGAAUCCGGAGGAGGCUAUGGAGCAAUACAUUGGCGUGGUCAACAAGGAAUUUCCUAAUUGGAAUGAAAACUUUCCUGAAAAGAAGAGAAAAAAGUCUGGCAGCUCUCAGCAAUCUGCAAACUCUGGAGGAGUGACAUCUGUUUUUAGCUCAUUUGUGCAUGAAGAAGGAUCAGAUGAUGAAGCGAAAUUGGAGGAGGAUCAUUCUAAUGCUAAUGAAGGGUACACUGCAGGUCUGCUUCAAUUGUUAGAUCAAGAAGUCCCAGUUGAUUCAAGGGACAUGGAGGGACAAACGGCACUUCGCUAUGCUACAGUGUGUGAGACAGAGGUAUCGCCAAGUAACUAGUUAAGCAUGGUGCAGAUCCAUAUUCCAAGAAUAAUGUGGUUGUUACACCAUAUUUUUAUAAUCUUUGUUCCACAAAUCCGUAUUGCUUAUUUCAAAAUGCUUAAUUGAUUUAAAAAUAUCAUAUAUAGCCUGAUUUAUAAGGUGUAGGUGGCAGACGAUAACAAGUAUGAACUCGAUGAAAUCUUUAUGUCCAGAUGUUUCCAUAACUUGGAAACAGUAUGAUGAUUUGACUUCUUGUCAAAUUGGUAUAGGUUUUUUCAAAAUGCAUAAUUGAUUUAUAAAUAUCAUAUGUUGCCUGAUUUAUAAGGUGAAUAGAUAUGGCAGAUGAUGAUAACUAUGAACUCGAUGAAAUCUUUGUGUCCAGAUGUUUCCAUAACUUGGCAACAAUAUUAUAAUUUGACUUCUUGUCAAAUACUAUAGCUUGCAAUUGAUGUUAUAAUCCAGAAUUUAAAUCUAAAAGGAAGAUUUAACGUGUC